AGAGAGAGAGAGAAAAGGCCGGCAGACAGAGUGUGAGCAGUGAAGAGACAGGAGGCUCCUAGAUGUUCUCUGAUAGUCAUUUAAACUUACUCAUCAUCACCUUCUUCAUCAUCAUCCUCCAUGGCGGUUCUUCCUCUGCGGGUGAAAAUGCUGCGGCAGCUCUGGAGGUUGAAGGGCGCCGUCGUCCUGGUCUGCAGCCCGUUCAUCCUGCUGCCGCUGGCUGUCAGCACCACGGAAGCGGCCUGUGCUUAUGUCAUAGCCCUCAUGGCGGUGUACUGGUGCACUGAGGUGUUGCCGCUGGCGGUGACGGCGCUGCUGCCGACCAUCCUGUUUCCCGUCCUCGGCAUCAUGGAGUCCAAAGACGUGUGUAUGCAGUACCUGAAGGACACCAACAUGCUGUUCGUGGGGGGGCUGAUGGUGGCCGUGGCCGUGGAGCACUGGAACCUGCACAAACGCAUCGCGCUCAGAGUGCUGCUGCUGGUGGGGGUCCGACCCGCCCUGUUGAUGCUGGGGUUCAUGGGAGUUACAGCUUUCCUUUCCAUGUGGAUCAGCAACACGGCCACCACCGCCAUGAUGGUCCCCAUCGUCCAGGCCAUCCUGGACCAGCUCAACGGCAACGCAGACCCUGAACCCUCCUCCAAGACCCAGAAAAGCAAUGUCGACCUACACCAGGAACAUCGGGAGAAAAGCAGCAGCGUCGUGCAAACUGCUGCUCCGAACGUCCUGGAGAACGGUCUGCAUGAGAAAACCAGCACCCUACAAGACAACGUGUCCCCUGAGGAGAAGGUUCAGAUGGAGAGACAGGAGAUGAUCAAACCAACACCACAGGACAAGCCUCCAUCAGACUACCGCGGGCCUGUGGUCGUGUCCGUGGAGAGCGCCUGCUGCCAGAUGGAGGUGGAGGAGCUGAGCGACGUGGAGGAGGAGAGGAGGAGGUUCAGUAAAGGGCUGCUGCUGUGUGUGUGCUACGCUGCCAGCAUCGGGGGCAUCGCUACUCUGACCGGAACCGGACCCAACCUGGUUCUGAUCGGACAGAUGAGCCAACUCUUCCCUCAGAACGGAGACGUGAUCAACUUUGCAUCAUGGUUUGUGUUCGCCUUCCCCAUCAUGGCGCUGAUGCUGACGCUGGCCUGGUUCUGGCUGCAGUUCCUCUACGUCGGCUGCAACCUGCGGAAGACGUGGGGUUGCGGCGCGGUCCAGUCGGAGAAGGAGCGAGCAGCGUACGAAGUUAUCAGAGAUGAGAAUCGGCGUCUGGGGCCGAUGAGUUACGGAGAGGUCAGCGUCCUGGGGCUCUUCAUCCUCAUGGUGGUGCUGUGGUUCACGCGAGACCCGGGCUUCAUGGACGGCUGGGCCACCCACGUCUUCAACGCCAAAGCCGAGUUCGUCACAGACGCCACCGUCUCUCUGUUUGUUGCUGUGUUGUUGUUUGUUCUUCCCUCCGAGCCGCCGCCCUUCCUCUGCUGCUGGAGGCGGAGCUCUGACACAGAGUCCCAGGUGUCGCGAGGCCCCGCCCCUUCUCUGCUCACCUGGAAGGUGACUCAGAAGAAGAUGCCCUGGAACAUCGUCCUGCUGCUGGGAGGAGGCUUCGCUCUGGCCAAAGGCAGCGAGGAGUCCGGUCUGUCCCGCUGGCUCGGCAGUCAGAUGACGCCGCUCCACUCCGUCCCUCCCUGGGCCAUCGCCGUCAUCCUCUGCCUCCUCAUCGCCACCUUCACAGAGUGUGCCAGCAACGUUGCCACGGCAACGCUCUUCCUGCCCAUCCUGGCCUCCAUGUCCCAGUCUAUAAGCUUGAACCCUCUGUACGUGAUGAUCCCCUGCACCCUCAGCGCCUCCUUCGCCUUCAUGCUGCCGGUAGCCACGCCCCCCAACGCCAUCGUCUUCUCCUAUGGUUACCUCAAAGUGUCCGACAUGGCUAAAGCCGGGAUGGUGAUGAACAUCAUCGGGAUCGGCUGCAUCAGCCUCGCCAUCAACAGUUGGGGUCGCCUCAUGUUCGACCUGGACUCGUUCCCUUCGUGGGCCAACGCCACGGCACCUGUGUAGGAGAAACAACCUGCUGCCUCAUCCUUAUUCACCGUUUUCAGGCUUCGUCACUCAACGUCUGGGUGGAUUUUUUUGUAUUCAUACCGCAGCUUGUGACUGCUGGUUCUGAACCACCAGAGACAACGUCUUGAUGUUUGGACCAUCUCACUACUCAUGUAGAACAUGUUUCCCAAAGGUUUUGUUGUCAAGCUCCGGCUGUACGUCUGGCCCCGCCGCUAAUUGGUGGUAUUGUAAAUCUCCAGAGCUGCAGUCAGAGGCGUACAGUCACAUCUUACAUUAAAUUUGGUAUUCAGAUAAUACUGAUACCAUAAUAAUGGCCACCAUGAACAAGUGAAGGUCUGUAAAAUAGGCCAGUUAAAGUUAGGGUUGGGUGUCAAGAACCGGUUCCAAGUCGGAACUGGUAUCAAAUUUCCCGUGCGUUUGGAUUCUGCUUCUCGGUUCCUAACUUCCUGCAUAUCUCAGCUCCUGACUGAACUACAGUGAGCAUUUUACCGUCCAUUAAAGAGUCUCUGAUCUGCCAGCAGCCGCUACGCCGACCUAACGUCACCUUAUGUGUUCCGUCAACAAAGCCUGAAGAAGAGAGUCCUUCUGGUUCCGGUCCUGGACCGUGGCGGACCGCAGCAAACGCUCCAAAGUUUGACUCAACUUCACUAACAAACUGCACCAGCUGCAGUCAGGAGGUUCGGUGCGAGGGAGGAAGCAGCUCCGACGUGACGAAGCGUUUCCUUCAACACGGCGUGAAUUUGAAGGAACGCUUCACCGUGUUCAACGUGUCGCGCUCUCCCAGAUCCAGCUAACGCUAACAGUAGCAACAUCUCAGGUACAAAACACAGAUGAGCUGACGUUCACUUUUUAUACUUAAGGGAAACCGACGAUGGCUACAGCUGAGACGAGUCCCAGAGACGCCGCUCUAGGACAGAGACUCCUUUCACUUUAGAGACAUUAAGGGGAGGAGGAGCGAGGAGGAAGAUCAACGAGCGUGACAAGGGCUGGGUUUGAAACGGGCUAAACUGCUGUCUCAGCAGGUGUCUGAAAGGACAGCGAGGCAUCGAGUGUUAGCUAAUGCUAAAGCUUGGUUUAUACUCCUGCGUAGGGUCUGCAGCCAUGCAUUUAUACUUGUGCGUCGGUGUCUUCGUCAUUCUGCCAUUACACCCCCAAACGCUAGUCGGCGGUAGCGCUACAGCGUCCACUGUGGUGACCUUUACUGGCCGAGCAGGCUAACUUGUGGUUUAGCGCUCCGCUGAUGUAAAUAGGGGGUAAAUUGUAAAUGUGCGGCUGGUGUAGCCUUUUCAAAUGUUACCGACCGAAUGGAUCACAUUCUGAUGGUGAGGUGAGUCAUUUCGCUCGGGUUGCGACGGUCAAAUAUAUUGAUCCACCUUAUUACAGCUGCCAUUU